AUGUAUAUUAUUGUAACGACAAUUUGUAAAGAAAAUUCUUCAUCUAUUUUUCUUGAAGAAGUUGGAAUCUUCUCCUCCGAUGAACCUCUGGUUGUGCAAUGUAGACAAUUCGAGCAGUGUAUAAUACCUUGUCGAGGCAAACCAGACUGUACACCAGAUUCACAAUGCAGGGUUGAUUGGAAAAUUGGAAAUGAUAUUCAACAGAAUGUGCAGUUUACGAAAAGAGUUGGAAUUGAUAACAACGGAGAUCUGUACUUCUCUUGGACGAACAGCAGUGACUGGACUGGUCUAGACUAUAGAUGUGAAGUUUGGCAAGAACAGCUCAAUAUGUUGGUCGUCGGAAAUCCAAUCCGGCUUAAUAUACUUGAUGCUAAACAAUCACAAGAAAUGGAGCCCGUUAUUCUCAUAACAGCUAACAGCACAGUUAAAUUAGGCGAAGAAGGUGUAUUGAGAUGUAUGUUCUCUGGAUAUCCAACAGCUGAUAUUGAAUGGAUCAAGCAUAAAGACGAAUGCAUUAAUACAACUACUUCAAAAUUUAUUCUGAGUGACUAUAACAGGAUUCUUAGGAUAAAGGAUGUCAUCCCUGACGACGAAGGAAUUUAUAUUUGUAAAGGAAUAUGGAAUAAUAAGACUUUUCUCAACCCUAUAUAUUUAAAUGUCACAUCACCACCUGUUCUGGAUUCAAGCUCAGAAAAUCCCCAGAUGAAAGAUAUAUUGGCAAUAGUUGGAGAGAAUGCCCGUUUUUACUGCGAUGUCGUACAUGAAGAACAGCCCCCAACUUUUCCAACGUGGAUGAAAGAUGGAAAGGGGUUACAAAUACAUUUAAACAGAGAGAAAUACACCUUAAAGGACAAUAAUAAAGUUUUGACUGUGUUCAAUGUACAUAAUACUGACUCUGGAGUUUACCAGUGUUUGUCUGAGAAUAGUGAAGGUGUCAUGCUGAAGGAGGCAAUCCUCAAAGUAAUAGAAAAACCAGCAAAACCUUUUAUUACUGGUGAUCUUGAACCAAACGUGAAUACCUACUCCAUCUUUACCUGCUCAAGUAGACAAAAUUCUGUUUAUGAUACUUACGCAGAAGUGUUUGCUUCAUUGUACAUGUGGUAUGUCAACGACACUUUACUCAAAAAUAUAACGAGUAAAAUAUACAGGUUUAUGGUACAAAAGGCUUUAAAGUACAACAGAUACUCAUGUCAAAUACUCUCGUCAGAUAGAAGUGACCAGGUUCAGGCUAAUCCUUUUUAUGGCCCAAGCAAAGAAGACCUAAAGAUUUCUCCAAUACGAGAUAAAAUUACUAUAUGUGAUGGAAACACAAUCGGUCCCUAUACUUGUGCUGUUGAUUGUAAUCCACCAUGCAGUGUUCAGUGGAAGUAUACAAAGUGGAAUGGUCAGCAGGUGAAUGCAACCCACCUCGGUUAUAAUUCUGUGACAUUAUUGAAACGUCAGAUAGACAGAGAGGAAGUGACAGAGCUCAAAUGUGUGACUAAAGGUCGUGAAGAAAAAGAGGAAGCAUUGGUUUUAAACAUGGAAAUUCAACAUUUGUCCGAACCUAGGAUUUAUAUAAAUGGUUUUCUAAAAAGAAACGUUUCUGAUAUUCAAGAGAGCACACCUCUCCAGAUGUCAUGUCAUGUGGAUGGUAAUACUAUCCCUACUGUAACGAUCUUCAGAGGAGAGGGAAACAAAAUUCUUGGGAAACGGGACGAUCAUUGGUUUAACCACACUUUUGAGAAGGUUAAUUGUUUCGAUACAAACAUCUACAUAUGUAAAGGCAGAUCGAAUCUUUGUUCAACUGAAGAAACAAAAGUCUCCGUAAAUGUUCUUUGUAAACCAAGACUGGACAGCCAAACUAAGUUUAAUUAUUUAUAUCAAGCUGUAGAUGUACCAACAUUUGUAUCGAUAAAGAUACCUAUCAUUGCGAAUCCAAAACCAAAGCUUCUCAAAUGGCAUGGUGUAUAUCCAAACCCUGGUAUUGUUUCUACAGUCACUCAAACAAAUCAAGUCUUCCGGCAUUGGGUGUCCAGUACAAUCCCAAUCUAUAAUAAGAGCUUUCUUGGAAACUAUACCUUAUAUGGAGAUGAAUUUGAAAUAACAACUAUUCACCUAAAAGGACAGAGCACAUUUAGUUCAUCUGUGGCGAAGUUCGACGUCUGGAUUAUCGUUGGACCUCUUGUUGGUGUAUUAGUUUUCCUGAUGGCCACCAUUUUUGUUUAUAAGCGCCAUAGUCAUAAAAUGAUAACUCUUUCGUCCAUUCGAUCACCAGGUGUUGCUACUGUGAAAAAGGAGUACCAAGACAUUAACAUUGAGGAAAAGGAAGAACUGGAAGAGCAGUCCAAUGAAUACGAAGGGAUUGCUAACUCCGAUGUUGUAAACUCUGAAGUUAUAAGCACAAGGCAGACCACUGAGUUUCAAAAUCUAACAUGCAGUCGAGAUCAAGAUGAUCAAUACGAAGAUUUCAACAUUUAACUAUUUUUCCACUUUAAACCAAUCGUUAUCCGUAGUUUUUUUUAUUUCAUCCUCAUAAAAUCUUUUAGCAUUUUCAUUUUUUGAGAUUUCGGAAACUUUCUACAUAAAUACGCUACCAAAUAAAUGAAAAUGACGAUCAGUUUUACCAAUUUAUGAGAUCUCGAAACUCAAGCAUAUUUUCCACAGGUUAAGAAAAUAUGCAUAAUUUUCUUGAUAGCAAGAGUGAAAAUUAGGAACUUAGUCAGAUGAGAGUCAUGAUAACUCUGCAAUUAAAUCAGUAUUCAGAAUAACCCAGCCGUAAAAUGUAGGACAUCACAUGAAGUGCGGAAAGACAAAAACAAAUGCAACUUGAUAACGACUUGUUUGUUCACGAUCUUCUUGUACCAUUUGAUAAACUUUUUUAAACAUUUACAGUAGAUUUGAAUUGUUUCAAUAUCGUAACGGUUAAUAAAAUUUCCAUAUUGGUCUGGCUUUAACCUUGCCUAAAAUUAAUAUAAACAAAGGCAACAACGAAAUGCUAUACCAUCUCUUGUUAUUCUCCCCCUAUAGAACGGACUCACUUUGACCGUCGUCAGGAAGGACCUGGAAUGGUUUUGAACGGACUGUAACGAUGACAUUGACGCGUAAAAGAGAUCGUGUCACUCUGCCACCUGCAUAUUCUUCACCUUACUACCACAAAAGCCGGUUUUAAUACAGCUGGCUAUAUAAUCAUUACAAUCACCUUAAAACUGAACGAUUGAUUGAUUGUAUAUUGAUUAACGUCCCUCAUGAGAAUUUUUACUUGCUAGUAUAUGAGACGCCACAACUUGUCGGUGGGCAGCUGCAAAUUUUGUUUUAUACUUGGCACUCAGAACAUGGGAAGAAUGUUUUCUUGCCAGCACCUACUGCGACACGGGAACUCGGUAUCUAUGGUCUCAUCCAAGGACCGGUCUCCAUGUCCCACGGUCGGAUUAGAACCCGCGACAUAAGGAUCAACUCCUUACGCUGCGACUCUAGGGCAGACACUCUUACCACUGUGCCGUGCUUGCUACUAAAAUUGAAAGAAAACGAUUGCAUAAUUUGUAUUUCUGAGCUGGUGAACUUUACUUUGGUUUUCUUCAUAUUGGUGCAUGCGCGCGCCCUUUCGUAUUUCUUCAGUGUGCUAACCCCAGGCCCAAUGUAGCCUGGGUUUAUCAAGACUUUCUUGCAAACAAUCACAUACAUCCACUCGACUUUCUUCUUUAAACUCCAUCUUUUCACAUUUAACAUCUGUGGGACUAAUUGGAAGAUAGGAUUCGAAAAACCAAAUCUGGUCUCUUUCAACCGAGGACUUUCUUGUUGAAAGGUUUGAAUAAUAUCCCUAUUUGAAGGAUAAAUACACUGAUGAUCUCCGUGCAAAGGAGAAUCAAGGAGGUGACAGAUGUGCGAUAGAGUAAUUGGAGAUAAUAAGAAUUAUUUUUAUUUUCAUUUUUGGAGGGUAUUGUCAUAUGAAUUUCAUUAUUUCAUGAAUUAUGAGACAAAUCAAAUGGAAUUUUAUUAUAUUUUCAUUAAAGAUUAUUUUAAACGUUAGAUAAGAAUGCUAGAAAAUGCAUGACGAAAAAUAAAAUUGUUUCAGCUUAACUGUUUUCCUGCAUUUCUUUUUACUUUAUGAAUAUACAAUUAAUUUUCAUAAUGAUAAUAAUAAAGAUAAUAAUAAUAAUAAUGUAUCUUUUUCAUCCAUUUGUUUAAUACAGUUCUUACAAAUAUGUCCAUGAAAAUAAUCACCACAAGUCUUAUAUGCAUUAAUAGAUGUUAGAUCAAGACUUUUUAUGUAAAAAAGAAAUAGACCCCCAUUAAUCUUUUCCCAUUGAAUGUUUUCUCCACACCAAUGUAAGACACUCGGAUUUUUUUUUUAUUAAAAAAACUUCAAAAAUAUUUAUAUAUAUAGAUUUAUUAUUUGUGUUAUCUAUGUUUUUAGUGUAUUUUUGAAUCCUGUAAAAGGAUUCUUGCUUGUUUAUUUUCCUUACAAAAGAAUGUUUUAUAAAAGUUUAAUAUGAAAAUAUAGAGCAUUUAAAAACAUAGUAGAAUGUUGUAUUCUGAAGAUUUUUUUGUUUGCAAUUGAGAAAAAAUAUUCCUUAUUUUAUUAAGUUGUGUUGACAUAUACACUUUACGUGUAUUAUUAGAACUUAUGGAGGACUUUUCUUUUGUAAAUUUGUUUAUGUAUGUAGAUAGUGCGAUAUCUAAUAGUUUCUUCAAAAACAUAUUUAAAUUUAAAGUCGAUGUUUAAUUAUGUAGUAAUAUAUGUGUAUAUUUUCUUUUUCAUUCUCAUGUAAAACUUU